UUUUGGGUUUCAACUGCUACUUCGAAUUCAUACCCACUGCCGAAUAGACGAAUAUAACCCUGUGAACCACCAUCCGGUUCUCUCUUUCAAAGGAAGGAAAAUGACCAACUCCAUAUACCAAAUAGUAAUAUCAUAUUCAUCAAAUUAUCUCCGCUUCUUUGUUUUAUUAGUUAACAAUUUCGUCACCUCCUUCCUCACCCCUCCUCCUCCACCGGAACCUCGCCUCCGGUGCUCCGAUUUCAAAUGCAUAUGAAUCCGUUUUUCUCUGUUCUUCUUUAUUGAACUACUGUUACGGUUUUACAUAUAUAAUGGAGUUUAGGAAAUACACUUGUUUUGGUGAUGCACCUAAUGUGGGCAUGGGUACAGUAAAUCUUCUGAAUAAGUUACACACAAAGGCUCAAAUGGAAGCUCAUGAGGAACCUGCAGAUUGUGCUUCCAUGGAUGUAGACCUUGACAUCCGAGAAAUUUAUUUUUUGAUCAUGCAUUUUCUAUCUGCUGGGCCAUGCCAAAAGACAUUUGGACAACUCUGGGUGGAGCUUUUAGAACACGACCUCUUACCCAGAAGAUAUCAUGCUUGGUAUUCAAGAAGUGGUUCAGUCUGCAGGGAUGAAAAUGAUGAUGGGAACUCCUUCCCUCUAAAUUAUGACAAUUUGGCCGGAAGGUACUCUCACAUUGAAAAGGAUCACUUGGUCAAGCUGCUCAAACAGCUGAUACUGACAACAUCCCCUCCUUUACGGUGUAUGGUGGGGAAAGUUGCUCCAGCUGCUGCUGAUGUUCCUACACUACUUGGAACUGGGGCCUUUUCUUUGUUGUCAUGUGAGAGAAAUAAAGUAAAUAAGCAAGCGAGGAAUUUUCCAUCUUACCUCCGGUGGCCUCAUAUGCAAGCUGAUCAGGUUCGAGGGCUUAGCUUGAGAGAAAUUGGAGGUGGCUUUUCCAAACACCAUCGCUCUCCAUCUAUCCGCCUUGCAUGUUAUGCCAUUGCUAAACCAUCCACUAUGGUGCUGAAGAUGCAAAAUAUGAAGAAGUUAAGAGGACAUAGGGAUGCUGUGUAUUGUGCAAUAUUUGAUCGCUCUGGUCGCUAUGUGAUUACUGGUUCGGAUGACCGUUUGGUAAAGAUUUGGUCAAUGGAAACUGCAUUUUGCCUAGCUAGCUGCCGUGGGCAUGAAGGCGACAUUACAGAUUUGUCUGUCAGUUCCAAUAAUGCUUUAGUGGCAUCGGCAUCAAAUGACUUCACUAUUCGAGUUUGGCGACUGCCAGAUGGGUACCCUAUUUCAGUUCUUCGUGGACAUAGCGGAGCUGUUACUGCCAUUGCCUUUAAUCCCAGGGCGAAUGCUAUCUAUCAUCUCUUAUCGUCGUCUGAUGAUGGAACGUGUCGGAUUUGGGAUGCUAGACACUCCCAGUGCCGUCCUCGUGUUUACCUCCCAAAGCCCACAGAGGCCGCUACUGGAAUGAGCAGUGCUUUGCCUUCAGCUAGUGCAUCAUCAAGUGCUGCUUCACCAUGCCACCAAAUAUUGUGUUGUGCAUUCAAUGCUAAUGGAACUGUCUUUGUUACUGGGAGCUCUGAUACUUUUGCAAGGGUUUGGAGUGCUUGUAAACCCAGUAUAGAAGAUCCUGACCAACCAAGUCAUGAAAUUGACAUACUAGCUGGCCAUGAGAAUGAUGUAAACUACGUUCAGUUCAGUGGCUGUGCUGUGGCUUCGCGAUCUUCUCCAUCUGAUUCCUUUAUUGAGGAUAGCAUUCCGAAAUUUAAAAAUUCCUGGUUUAAUCAUGACAACAUUGUUACCUGUUCACGUGAUGGCAGUGCAAUUAUUUGGGUACCUAGAUCAAGGAGAUAUCAUGGUAAGGUUGGACGCUGGGUUCGGGCGUAUCAUCUUAAAGUUCCUCCUCCACCUAUGCCGCCUCAACCCCCUAGAGGAGGUCCACGCCAGAGAUUUCUUCCAACUCCUCGUGGUGUUAAUAUGAUCAUAUGGAGCCUGGAUAAUCGUUUUGUGCUGGCUGCUAUCAUGGAUAACAGGAUAUGUGUUUGGAAUGCUAAUGAUGGUAGCUUGGUGCACUCUUUGGCUGGUCAUACAGCAUCUACCUAUGUUUUGGAUGUCCAUCCUUUUAACCCAAGAAUUGCUAUGAGUGCUGGGUAUGAUGGGAAGACUAUAUUGUGGGAUAUAUGGGAGGGUAUUCCUAUAAGAGUGUAUGACAUAGGCGGACGCUUUAAGCUGGUUGAUGGGAAGUUUUCACAGGAUGGCACAUCAAUAGUGCUUUCAGAUGAUGUAGGACAAAUAUAUCUGCUAAACACAGGUGAAGGGGAGUCCCAGAAAGACGCCAAAUAUGAUCAGUUCUUCCUUGGGGAUUACCGCCCACUUACCCAGGAUACUCAUGGCAAUGUGGUUGAUCAGGAGACACAACUUCCACCAUACAGGAGAAAUAUGCAAGAUCCGUUGUGUGAUUCAAGCAUGCUUCCGUACCCAGAACCUUACCAGAGUAUGUAUCAGCGACGUCGACUUGGCGCUCUGGGAAUUGAGUGGCGUCCUUCAUCCAUAAAAUUUGCUAUUGGCACAGAUAUUGGGAUGGGCCCAGAGUUCCACAUAUUACCUUUGGCAGAUUUGGAUGUAGUACUUGAGCCACUCCCAGAUUAUGUGGAUGCUAUGUACUGGGAACCUGAAAAUGAUGGCAUGAACGAUGAUAAUGACUCAGAGUACAACAUUACUGAAGAAUAUUUUAGUGAUGAGCAAACUUGUCCUAGUGACAGCAAAUUGAGUGAUUCAGAUUGUAGUGAAGAAAAGGUCAGACGAAAUCAAAAAGAUAAUAUGCGCCGGUCAAAAAGAAAGAAAGCUUUGCUAGAAGUUGAGUUGAUGACUUCUUCGGGUAGACGUGUUAAGAAGAGAAUUUCGGAUGAACAAGAGGGGACCUCAUCCAGAAGUAAAAGAUAUAAAAAAUCGAAAAGUGGUCAGAAGAACUCUAGAAGGAAGUCUACAAAAUCAAAGUCAUUGAGACCUCAGAGAGUUGCCGCACGUAAUGCAAUCCAUAACUUUUCGCAGAUAGAAGCUUCUGCAGACGAAGAAGAUGAAGAUUGCUCAGUAGGUGACUUGUCAGAUAGUGAGUCAUCCAUGGAAGGUUUAGCCAUUCAGAGAAGACAACGUGGUGACAACCUGCUGAAUGAGCAAAAUAUAUGUUCAACUUCUGAAAGGGUGUCUUCUGAUGGGUCUGAAGAUGUAGUCAAACCUCUUAAGCAUCCUGAUUCCCUGGUCAGUGUUGGAAGCAAGAAGAAAUUGGUUGUGAGAUUUUCACUUCAUCGUCGCACAACACCUGCACUUUCUGAGAACAAUGUAGGCAAAUUGAAGAGUCAAGGGAGUGUUGCAUCUUCAACUUUGAGUGGCUGCGAAGAAAAGCCGGAAGAAGACAGGGUUAAUCCUAGAUCAGGGGAUCUAGGUUCAUCUUCUGCAGGUGUGGUUGAUAAGGAAGAUUAUGGAAUUCAGCUCAGAGAUGUUGAAGAACGAACAGAAGUUGGCAAUGAGUUGGGGACAUCCACAAGUGGCCGUGAUGCCAAUGUGAGUUGGGGGAAGUUCAAAAUACGCAUGUCAAAUGGCACACAGUUGGGAGAUCUCGUGCCAAUGAAUGUGAAUGCUGUAAGACCUAAUGGAUGCUCGCUGAUAGAAGGUGAAGAUAAGCCUUCAUUAUCUGUCCUAACUCCUCAUCCGCAGUUGAACCAUGAUUCUUUUAACAAGCAAACUUUUGGGAUUGGGGAAAAAGACUUACCUGGUUCUGAUCUUCAUGGAUCUAAUAGCCUUACUGUUGACACAAAACACUCUCUCGUACCAGAGAACAAUUUGAGAAAGAAGUUAACUGUAAAAAUAAAAUCAAAGAAAUUUCCAGGGGACUCUCCUUCCUAUCUUCAAGGCAAGACCAAGUCAGAUGCCACCUCAGGUGCUGCAGGUGAGUCAACAUCUAAAAGGCCUUCUACUGUUGAGGAAAAACCAGUUUUUGGAGUGCCAAUGGCAGGCAAUGCUCCAGAUGAACCAAAUUGUAUGCCUCAAUUCCAUGUCAAUGGUGAUGAAGUUUAUGAAAGUGACCCAAAUGUCAGCUUCCAUGACCAAGAGACAGGAGCAGAAUCACCUGACAUGGCCACUGAUUCAGCUCGUAGAGCCAGAUCCUUUAGGUUGAAGGCUACAUCACGGGACACUAGUCGUUCAAACCGUAACUUGGAGACGGGUGCUGAAUAUCUACAACCAGGUACAUCAAGAAGUGCAGAGAAGUCCUCCAAGAAAGCCAUUGAUCAUUUCCCAGCAGAGGGAUCCAGACAUGCUGGAAGAUCUAGGUCUUCUAGGAACAAGAGAGAAAAUUACUAUAGGGGAGACAAGAGUUCUUUGAUUGAAAAAAACAUGCACCGUAUGCCAAAAAAAACAAAUUGGCUAUUGUUGUCAGAGCAGGAGGAUGGAUAUCGUUACAUCCCUCAGCUAGGAGAUGAAGUUGUGUACUUGCAACAGGGCCAUCAGGACUACUUAGAGUUGAGUAAGACAUCUCAACCUGGUCCUUGGCUAAGGUAUGGAGAUAAGAUUGGAGCUGUUGAAGUUUGUUUGGUUGAAGACCUCAAGUAUACCACCCAUUCUGGUUCUGGAGAGAGCUGUUGUGACAUCAAACUUAGAUUCAUAGAUACUUCUUCUCGUGUAGUCGGCCAAAAGUUUCAACUGAUGCUGCCUGAGCUGGAUGACUUCCCGGAUUUUAUUGUUGAAAGAACACGGUACGAAGCAGCUAUGGAGAGAAGCUGGACAAGUAGGGAUAAAUGCCUGGUGUGGUGGAGAGAUGAGAGUGAUCAAGGUGGUGCUUGGUGGGAGGGCCGCAUUACUGCCAUCAAAGACAAAUCUAGUGGUUUCCCCGGAAGUCCAUGGGAAAGAUAUCUUGUCAAAUACAAGAAUGACAAUACUGAUUUCCGUCGUCACUCUCCUUGGGAACUGCAUGAUCCGGACAUGUCAUGGGAGCAACCCAACAUUGAUGAUGAAAGGAAAGAGGAGAUCCUAAGUUCUUUAACUGAAUUGAUGCAGAAAGCCAGUAAAGAUAAGGAUAGGCACGGUAUCAUAAAACUGAAUGAAGUCGCACAGAAACUGGAUUUCAUGAACAGGUUUCCUGUUCCAUUAUCUCCGGACAUAAUCAAGUCAAGGGUAGAAAACAAUUAUUAUAGAAGCCUGAAGGCUAUGAACCAUGACAUUGAGGUAAUGCUAUCAAAUGCCGAAUCUUACUUUCAGAAAAAUACAGAGCUUUUGCGAAAGAUGAAGCGCCUGUCAAGCUGGUUCACUCAGAACAUUUUAGACUUGUAGUGGUCUGCAUGCCUUCUUCUUAGCUUUUCUUCUUGGGAGCCCACAGAUCCAGUUUUGUCUCAUCGAUCUUUCGGCCCCGGCUUAAAUACAAAAUAUCCAAAUGAUAAUGUGCUGUGUUGUAAAACUCUGAGUACUCAAUUAUGAUAAGAUCCUAAUUAGUCUGAAGCAGUUGAAGGUAGAGGAAAUGAGGCUAGUCUCAAGACAUCUUAAAUUUGUUGUCUAUAGGAAUGCAAGAACCUUGAUAUUCAAAGUUGUAACACCGUGCUUAUUACGCUCACUCAAUAUAAAACCGGUUCCUCCUACGCCCA